UCUCACUGCAUUUCAUGCUCUCUCACUCUCUUCCUUCCUUUACCCAUUGAAAUGGAUUAGAAUCAUUCCCAUUCUCCUCCUCAAUCCUCAUUAUCAUAUCUUAUGGUACAUUGGCAGACUUAUAAGUAUUUCUCAAUUUCCAUGAGAUGGACAGGGAUCUAUUGUUAUUGAUAAUAGGAAUAUGUAUAGGCUUCGUAAUUGGAGCUGGUUUGGGAUUUUUAAUUUUAGUCCUCUUCAUGUGUGGAAGGAAGUGUGUAGAGGAGGAAAAGAGCAGUCCUCAGAGAACUGAGGCCGUUACCGGUCAUGUCAAAAGGGUUGAUUCCAACAUAUCAUUAUCAGACUCCAAUGCAGCUUUGGAGUCACCAAGAACAUCGGAAUGGAGUAACGCAAAUUUUUGGUUAGAAGGACUUAGGAGGAAGAAUUCAAUCUCAGCAUGUGGAAUUCCCAAGUAUUCUUACAAAGAUAUAGAAAAGGCUACUUCUAAUUUCACAACAAUCAUAGGCCAUGGAGCAUUUGGUUCUGUUUACAAAGCACAAAUGCCUACAGGUGAGACGGUUGCAGUUAAAGUUCUUGGUGCUAAUUCAAGACAAGGAGAACAAGAAUUUUUAACUGAGGUUCUAUUACUUGGAAGAUUACAUCACAAAAACCUUGUGGCUUUGGUGGGAUAUGCUGCAGAAAGAGGACAACAUAUGCUCCUUUACAUUUACAUGAGCAAUGGCAGUCUUGCUUCUCAUUUAUAUGGAAAAGAUCACGAGCCAUUAAGCUGGGAUCUGAGACUUAGCAUAGCACUAGAUGUUGCAAGGGUGCUGGAAUAUCUACAUUAUGGGGCCGAUCCACCUAUUGUGCACCGUGACAUCAAGUCUUCCAACAUUCUAUUGGAUCAGUUUAUGAAAGCCAAGGUCACUGACUUUGGGCUUUCCAGACCAGAGAUGAUUAAACCGCGUACAUCCAAUAUCAGAGGAACUUUUGGAUAUCUUGAUCCUGAGUAUGUAUCUACUAGUACCUUCACUAAGAAAAGCGAUGUUUAUAGCUUUGGUGUGCUACUUUUCGAGCUUAUUACUGGAAGGAAUCCACAGCAGGGUCUCAUGGAAUACGUAAAAUUAGCUGCCAUGGAAAAUGAGGGCAAGAUUGGAUGGGAAGAAAUUGUGGAUCCGCAACUGAACAGAAACUAUGAUGUCAACAAGCUUAAUGAUAUGGCUUCACUUGCAUUAAAAUGUGUUAGUGGAGUUUCCAAAACUAGACCUUCAAUGAGGAACGCUGUUCAAGCAUUAUCUAAGCUUUAUAAGAAGUCUAGAAGAAAUCCUAGCCGGGCAUCUUCUAUUACAUUAAGCGAAGUGUCUGUCGAAGUGGAACAGCCAGGAACUCGUGACUUUUCAUCUAUUGAGGGUUCACAGGAGCUGCGCAGAUUGCACAGCCGAUAAUCCAUGGAGUUUAUCGGUGUUCUUCAAUGUUCAAACCAUCUAUCUUCUUUUAUUUUCGUUUAAUUGGCUUAAAAUUUAUCUUCAAGAGUUAUAAAGUCAAUUGUACAAUUGGUUUGCAGUGUUCGUGCAUAGAAAUUAAUCUCUCUGUUAAACCAUUGGGAAUGUAAAGCCCCCUAACAUUGUUAAACUGAAGAAUAUUGUGCUCUUGAUGAUAAGUUUUUUUAUUAUUAA